UUCAGGGUGGAUUGAGACGAGUUAGGGCAAUCAUAGUGUUUCCAAGUCCAAGGAAUUGGAUCGUGAGUUGGUGUUUGGCAGUUGUAUUCUGUUUAUAUUUCACUGUCACUCAGUACAGCAUAGACCUGAUGUAAUUUAAUCGAGAUUUCAUCCAUGUACUCAGAUGGUUGUUAUUUAUUGUUUAUAUAAAUGAUCUGGAUGAGAAUGCAGGAGGCUUGAUCAGUAAGUUUGUGGAUGACAUGAAAUUAGGAGUUAUUGAUGGUGAACAAGGUUAUUGUGGAUUACAUAAUAACCUUGAUCAGUUCGGGAAGUGGGCCGAGGAGUGGCAAAUGGAUUUCAGCACAGAUAGGGGAUGCAUUUUGGAAAGUCAAACCAUGCAGGACUUGCACUAUGAACGGUAGGGCAUGAGGGAGUGUAAUGGAACAGAGGGACCAAGGAGUACAAGUGCAUAGUGCGUUGAAAGCGGUGUCACGGGUAGACCGAGUGGUGAAAAAGGUGUUUGGCACGCUGGCCUUCAUCAGUCAGGGCACUUAGUGCAGGAGUUGGGACACUAUGUUGCAGUAAUAUAAGUUGUCGGUGAGGCCACACUUAGUACUGUGUAUGGUUUUGGUCACUUUGUUAUAGGAAAGACAUGGUUUAACUAGAGAGAGUGCAGAAAAGAUUUACGAGGAUGUUGCCAGGACCAGAAGGCCUGAGUUAUAGGGAGAGGUUGGCCAGACUAGGACUUUAUUCUUGGAACAUAGGAGAAUGAGGGGUGACCUUAUGGAAAUGUUUCAAAUUUAUGAGAGGCAUAGAUAAGGUGGAUGGCAAUAGUCUUUUCCCCAGGGUAGGGGAGUCCAAAACUAGGGGGCAUAAAUUUAGGGUGAGAGGGGAAAGAUUUAAAAGGGACCCAAGGGGCAAUUUUUCACACAGAGGGUGGUGAGUACACGGAACGAGCUGCCAGAGGAAGUGGUUGAGGCAGGUACAAUAGUAUCAUUUAAAAAGCACUUGGAUAGGUCCAUGGAGGGGCGGGGCUUGGAAGGAUAUGGGCUGAAUGCAGGAAAUUGGGACUAGCUGGAUGGGCCGAAGGGCCUGUAUCUGUACUGUAUUGCUCUAUGACUCUGGAAAUUUGAAAACAGUCAGGAGAUAGGAAGAUUUGACUCAUGACUUUCCACAGAUGCUGCCUGACCUGAGUUUCCAGCAAUUUCUGUUUUUAUAUCAUUUGAACCUUAGUUUUUAACUGUUCAGCUUGGAACUGCAGUGCUGGAUUGGGGCAGGCUGUAGAAGAUGGGCUUGGUGAAAUACCAAGGAAGUUUGUGUCCAAGACUGACUGCAUUUAUAAGGCAUCAGGAUAUAUUACGGGUACCUGGAGUGAGAAAAGUGGACCUAAUUGUUGAUCAAACUAUAGAGAAGGUAUCCUUCUGUGCCCCUGACCGAAACUUUGACAAAGCAUUCUCGUACAUUUGUCGAGAUGGUACAACCAGGCGUUGGAUCUGUCAUUGCUUCUUGGCUAUACGAGAUUCGGGCGAGCGCUUAAGCCAUGCUGUGGGCUGUGCUUUUGCAGCGUGUUUGGAAAGGAAGCAGAAGCGCGAAAAGGAAUGUAAUGUUACUGCCACUUUUGAUGCCAAUCGAACCACCUUCACCAGGGAAGGUUCCUUCCGAGUAAUCACAGCCACUGAGCAAGCAGAGCGUGAAGAAAUUAUGAAACAGAUGCAGGACACCAAGAAAGCUGAAACAGAGGGAGCAGUUGUAACUACUUCCGCUGCAUUUCCUGCAGCCCCAUCAAUUUCACCAUCUGCCCCAUCCACCAGUACAGAAAACAAGGAAUCCAGCAACAUACAUGCCAUACCCAGAAGGCAUGCACCUGUAGAGCAGCUUGCCCGGCAGGGAUCUUUCCGAGGAUUCCCAGUGCUGAGUCAGACAACAUCUCCAUUUAAGAGGCAAAUGUCACUUCGAAUAAAUGAGUUGCCUUCAACAACACAACGGAAAACUGAUUUCCAAAUUAAAAAUACAGUGCCUGAAGGGCAAGGUGAUGGUGCAGCUGAAAUCGACAGUAUAAGCUCCCUGUGUUCUCAGAUAACACAUGCAUUCAGUGGACAAGUGGAGGACCCAUUCUCAUCUGCACCAAUGACCAAGCCUACUGUGGGUGUGACUCCUCAAGUGACGGCCUCCCAAAUCAAUGGGGCAUCUUCAGCCUUCCCAGCACCUGUUGCAGCACCAGCCAUAUCUCCCACAGUGAUGCCAGUGCGUGACACCAACCCUUGGUCCCAGGUCCCUUCUGCAACCAGUGCAGGGACUAUGGUUGCUGCAGCAGGUGGUGACUGGGGCCCAGCUGCCGCUGUAACGGCACCAUUUCAACCCAGUCACAAACGCACACCUUCAGAAGCAGACCGCUGGCUUGAAGAAGUGUCCAAGAGCGUUCGGAUGCAGCCAUCGCCUCAGCCGUCAGUGGCCAUGCCUUCAGCUCCACAGUCAUUUCAGAGUGGCGCAUUUAUCAGCCCUCAGGCAACACCGGCCAGUGUGGUUCCUCCCAUGCAGCCUGCAUUUAUUCCUGCUCAGCCUUACCCUCUGCAGGUCACCAAUGGCAUUCCAUUUCAAGCUCCAAGUCUGCCUGUGGUGGGCAUCACCCCUUCACAAAUGGUUGCAAAUGUCUUUGGCACAGCUGGCCAUACUCAGGUUACGCAUGCACAGCAGGGUCAGAACAUGGUGGGGGUUGCUGCUAACCCUAGCCCAUACUUUAAACCUGCCAAACAGAUUAACGGUUCAGCAGUUUUCAAUGAAACAGAAAGUAGCAACUGGACAAUGGAAACCAAAAGCAGUCAGGUGGCAGCGGGUAUUCCUGAGGAUGCAUUUGAAGCUCAGUGGAAUGCACUGGAGUGUAAGUCAAAGCAGCGGGCAACCCCUUCUCCAACUAAUCCAUUCUCUAGUGACUUACAGAAGACUUUUGAGAUUGAGCUUUGAGUAAGGCUCUGGUUUUCCUUUAUCUGGUGAGUGUGUGGAGAGCAUUCAGUGUUGAUAAUGGGCAUGAAGAACUGCUUCAGCAGUCCCUGAGAACCAUUAUAAACAUGAUGCAAAGCUGGACUCGACCAUCUGACUAAGUUGUCCAAUCAAAGGGGCUUGUCCAUUAUCUGCCUUGGAAAACCUGUUUAUUUUAAUGGUACAUGUAGGGGAUCAGCUGUUGGUUUCUAAACUCUUUCUACCUAUAAUUAUGUGGGUACUCUGUGGUGGGACUGCAGGAAGAUGCUGCAGUUCUUGUGUUGGAGCUUCCAAUUUGAAUACAUUGAUGCCAAAAUCUUUAUUUUUAUGCAUUAGUAUAUAUAUUUUAAUAGUACGGAUAUUGAGCUGUAAGUAAUCUUGCCAAAGGUAAAACACCGAAAGGUUGUACGAAAUGUAUAUACAGAGAGAGUGGUUUAUUGCUGAUGCUAAUGUAAGUAAUUCAUGUAUUCCAUCUUUUAAAGUGGUAUUUGCAAUGGCCUUUUUGCUGUGGGUAGCACACUUGCUUGAACAGAUGCCCUAUUAUAAAUCAUUAGUACAGAGCAGUAUUGUUAUGGUAUACAUCAGCCAUGAUCAAUCUUGUAUUCUGUUCAGCAAGACUCUGUUUUGUGUCAUUGACAAUGUUCUUGAUCCCUUGCUAUCCUGAAUAGAUUUUUAGGAGGCCAGCCAGGUUCGAUUGCCGAAAUGGUAAAAAUGGAUUUGCACAAUACUGUUAAGCUGACUCCUUGGUCCCUUGUGGUACUCUGGCUGAUCUCCACUUAUGGUGAUCAGAGUCAGUUUUUCUGAGUUACAGUUACUUUACAUCUCAGUUGAAAAUUCAGCAGGUAUGCUUUCUAGUUUUGUUUUAAUUUUGACUUGCACGAGCCUUACAAUCACUUGUAAUAAAAAGAAAUUUAUACUGGAGAUUUAUAAUCUUUAACAAAUAAAUGGUUAGAGGACUGACCAUAUUUGAAAA